AUGUCGGGUGUACAAGAGAUCCGCUUCAAGCGCCCAUUGACGGAAGAGAAGGAGAAGGAAAAGGCAGCCCCGAAGCUUCGGCACACUGGUAUCCUGCAAGACCAGCUACGAAGGACAGCGAAGCCACCAUUUGUACCCAGCUUCUCUCUCGCUGUACGCAUUCUGCUGCUGGCGCGCGUCACUGCGGCCAUGUAUUCGAACAUCUCAGACUGCGACGAAGUCUUCAACUUUUGGGAGCCACUACACUACCUUGACCGUGGAUACGGUUUACAGACUUGGGAGACGUCCCCCGUGUACGCAAUCCGAAGCUGGGCGUACAUCAUCCUGCAUUAUGUUCCCGCCAAGAUAUUGUCAUGGACCAUCCGUGAAGAUAGCAAGCGGGCGGCAUUCUUCACAGUUCGGAUACUUCUAGCCAUAGUUUCCACGCUGUGCGAGGCCAAGUUAUUCGACACCAUCAGAGAAAAGAUUAACAACCGCGUUGCCCGAUACUUUCUAGUGUAUCUCUUCACAAGUGCCGGAAUGUGGAACGCGUCGACCGCUUUCUUGCCUUCGACAUUUGCUAUGUAUGCGACCACUCUGGCUUAUGCCUACGCGUUCAUCCCCGCUGCGCAGAAACUCGAGAGACGCACACUUAUUGCAACGACGUCUUUCGUGGCUGGGGCUGUGAUUGGUUGGCCGUUUGCGCUAGUAUGCGCACUCCCGUUUGUGUUCGAGGAGAUGUUCGUCUUUGCAGGCGACCGUGUGCAAGCCGCUCAGCGUCCGAAAUGGAUGCUCAAUCGCUGGACUAGGCUCGCUUGGAAUGGUUUCCUCGCCAUGCAGCUGGUGAUUCCCGUGUUUGCUGUGGACACCUACUUUUAUGGCGAGCAAGUAUUCGUGCCCUGGAACAUUGUUAAGUACAACGUAUUCCCUGAUGCUGAGCGAGGUCCCGGCCUCUACGGCACGGAGCCCUGGUACUUCUACAUCCUCAACCUUCUCCUGAACUUCAAUAUCGUGCUGCCUCUGGCGUUAAUGGCACUACCCGCUCUCGCACUCACAUAUCGCGUCGAUCGCAAACGUCUAGGCUACUUCUUGGGUUCUCCGGAAGAGAGCUCGCCAUAUACUAUGCUUGGUCUUCGUCUAACGCCGGUUUACAUUUGGUUCGCCAUCAUGACUGCGCAGGCCCACAAGGAGGAGCGCUUCAUGUUCCCAAUCUAUCCUCUGCUGUGCUUCAACGCUGCUGUCUCCACAUACCUCAUUCGUGGCUGGCUGGAGGUGAUCUUCGUCAAGAUCACUAAAUCACCCUACCGCGCUUCUCAAACUUCGAUAUUCAGCAGGGCCACGCUGUGCAUCACGCUGGUCCCUGCGUUGUUCUCUCUCGCACGCAUCAUGGCCCUCUGGAAGUACUAUCAUGCGCCCAUGCAGAUCUUGUACCGAUUCCAGUACGAAGAGGGGCCCUUGUUGCUGAAUGCAACUGGCCUAUUGCCUACGCCCCUGCCACCUCCUGAACUCCUUGCCGAGUACUACGCCAAAGAGGCCACUAGGAAGAAGAGGAGUGACGAGGAUGAUGAGCGCUUGGACCUCGGCCCGUUGCGAGAGUUUGGUCUCCGGAUUUGCUAUGGCAAAGAGUGGUACCGUUUCCCCGGUCACUACCUCGUGCCCGACGGUGUCCGGGUCGAUUGGAUCAAGAGCGAGUUCGACGGCAUGCUUCCCGCGCACUUCACGGAGACGGUCGCAGAAGCUGGUCUACCUGCACGCGUCGCGGGCACAUCGGCUGUGCCUGAAGGCCUGAACGACCGUAACUUGGAGGAGCCGGCGUUCUAUGUUCCUGUAUCGGAAUGUGAUUAUCUCAUCGACCUUGACUUCCCAGAGCACCCAUCCUUGUCCCUCAACGAGCCUCGCUACGCCAUCGAUGCUCAACAUUGGUCGCGUCAGCACUGCGAGCCGUUUCUCGAUGCGCGCCAUUCGCCUUUGAUCACGCGUAUGCUCUGGUUACCUGGCAAGAACUGGGCAUCUUCGAACUCGUACGGGGACUAUUGCUUACUACGGAACACCGCGUUAGUCGACGAAAAGAUUUCGCGGGUGAGGGCGGAGGUAAAGGAACGCAAGGAGAGGGUUUCCGUUCUGUAA